AUGGAUCUGAUAAAAUAUUUAUCGGUGCUAGUGAUAUUCUUUGUUGAUUCUGACGCUGGUGGCCAUGGAGGAAAGCACCAUGUCAAUUUGAAAAUACAUCUACCAGAAUUCAUACACCACGACCAUCACAAGAAAGUGAUCACAAUUCACCAUCAUCAUCACAAACCGAAAAAGGAGCAUCACCAUCAUCACCACCACCACAAACCGCAUACACCACACGGUCACCAUUAUCACCAUCAUCAUAAGAAAACAUCUACGCACGCUGUGUCUAAGGGGCAUUCUAACCACCAUGGCCACGGACAUGGUCAUCAUGGACUUGGUCAUCAUGGACAUGGCCAUCAUGGACAUGGUCACCAUGGACAUAAGGCGCACGAUACGCCAAUUGUGUAUGAUCCACCAACAGUCAACUUCGAACCACCGACUUACAACUACCAACCACCAGCGAUAAAUUACGAGCCACCGAGUUACGACUACAGUCCAAAUACGUUUACCCACGAUUUUGGAUACACGCCAGCUGCGCCCAGCGCACCGGAGGCUCCACGAGUACAUGGUGUUGUACACACAGUAAAACAAGUGAAGGUGUUCGAUUCUCUGCCAAACUCUCUACAUGGUAUCGCCAAACCGGGUAACACUUACGAAGUAACGGAAGAAGGAAAUGACGAUGACGAUGUAUUUACGGCGGUAAACAGUGGAUCACAAGCGUUUCCGGGUACAUUCGGUUUUGUGAAGAGCGCUGUAGCUGAUAAUGAACCGUUUAACGCUAUACCGCAAGAUAAUUCAUAUGUAUCGAAAAAUCCAUUCGCGAAUGCCAUACAACAGCCUUACGCGAACCUAGAAACGUUUACUUCUGAACAGAAUAAUGACAACCCAAUAAAAGUAGAAGCAACACAGUUUGUGAAUCAUGAAGGAACAGGUUUUGAUGACGCUAAUGUGAUAGGGGAUAUAGGCAGUAGAGCUUUACUUGCUGCUUCAGCUGGAUUCAGUGAUAAUACACCUGUUACAUUUUCGAGACAGGCUGGAGUACAAGAGACGAUAAAUUCAGAAGGUGUACAAACAACUGAGUAUUAG